AUGGAUGAACAAUUAAAAGGAUUGGAGGAUGAAUGUGCAUGUUAUCGCAAAUUUUUGGAAUCUUUAAAAACUGAUCGUUUAUAUCGUUGCGAUGAAAAAUCUUUGCAGUCAAAGAUUGCUGCCCUGAAAGCAGAAAAAAAUUCAUUGUUAGCAGAAUGGCGCAAACUUGAAAAUGACGAACAGAAGUUAAAUGAAGAAUUAAAUCAGAUGAAAAUUGAUCUAAAAAGUGAAAAAGAUGAUGAACAAAAGCUUUGGAAACAGUUUCUUAUUCAUUAUAGUCGGUUACUGCGGUUGGAAGAAGAAGAGCAGUUUCUCGAUCAACAGAUAAAACGAGCAAAAUUAGAGCUGGAAAACUUAUCAAGUUUAAAUGUGUUAAACAUGACAUUUCAUAUAUGGGAGCAAGGAAGUUUCGGAACUAUUAAUGGCUUUCGGCUUGGCCGUUUGCCACAUUCACAAGUAGAAUGGAAUGAAAUAAAUGCUGCAUGGGGACAAAUAGCUUUGCUAUUGACGAUUCUUAUGGAAAAUGUUGAAGGAUUUUGCCUUAGUGGAUAUAAAAUAUUUCCUAUGGGCAGUAAUUCAUAUAUCCGAAUAAUAUCUACAGGAGUCGAUCUUCCAUUAUAUGGUAGUGGUGGCUUCAAACCUUUUGGUCAGAAAAAAUUUGAUCAAGCAAUUAUUGCCUUUGUCGAAUGUUUUUGUCAACUGCAAAAACAUUUUGAGAGUCGAAGCGAAUUUCGAUUGCCAUAUAGAAUGCAUAAGGAUUUGAUUGAAGAUAAUAAACGAGAAUAUUCAGUGAGAAUGCAGUUCAAUUCAGAGGAACGUUGGACGAAAGCCAUGAAAUGUCUUCUAAUUAAUCUCAGAUGGACCAUUUCUUUUGUAGUGACAAAUAAAAGUUUUGGAUGUCACUGA